AUGCUCUCAAGAAUUUUUAGCAAUGGGGUACGAUUAAAUAGAGUCCGAUUGCAAUUUCAGCCCAGUAUAGUCACCUUUCGAGACUACAGUAAUCCAGCGCCUAAACGUGGUUUUCUAAACAAUCUUAUUGAGAAUGUGCGAGAUGAGAUGCAGAAGAACAAAGAACUUCAGGAGCAUCAACAACAGUUAAAAGCCAGAAUGCAGGAAUUGAACGAAUCAGAUGCUUUGAAAGAUGCAAGAAAAAAAUUCGAGCUCGUCGAGAAAGAGACUUUGAAAAGUUCAGAAAUUGUGAAACAAAAAGUCGAAGAACUCAGUGAGCAAAUGAAAAAGAUGAUCCAAGAAAUUCAAAAAACGGAGGCAGGAAAGAAGAUGACUGAAGCAGGAGAAGAAGCGCUAAAACAAGCAAGAAAAGCGGCUGAACAGAUGGAGAAAGUGGCAGAAAAAGUCGGAGAUACAGAAGUUUAUAAGCACGUCUCGACAUCGAUGAAAACUGUAAAAGACGAAAUUGACAAUAUAGCCGAUGUUCGAAUGUACAGCAGACCAGAAACUCUCACAAAGCGUACGGAUGGGUUUGAAUUGGAUAAGGAUCGUGUUGUGGAAGCUAAUGACUCAGCAACAGAUGUACAGCUACACAAAGACUCCAAAUGGUACUCGGGAUGGAAGAAUUUCUCAGAAUCCAAUACUUAUUACCACAAACUUCUUGAUUGGAAAAUCAAAUACGAGGAAUCGGACAACAUCGCCGUUCGAAUGAUGAGAGGUGUUACAGAACGGAUUGGAAGUGUUUUCUCUGGACAAAAUGAAGUAUCAGAAGUUCUUACGGAAAUUCACAAGAUCGAUGCUAAUUUUGAUAAGCAGGAAUGGCUGAAAUUCUGUGAAACCAAGAUUAUCCCAAACAUUUUGGAGGCUUUCAUUCGUUUUGAUCUCGAAGUUCUGCAGUCGUGGUGCCAUGAACGAGCAUUCACUCAGUUGUCGACAGUCGUGAAAGAGUACCAGAAGAUGCAUUGGAGCACGAAGGAUUCUCGGAUCAUUGAUAUCAACAAGGUCGAAAUGGCAACUGGAAAAAUGAUGGAACAAGGACCUGUCUUGAUUAUUUCCUUCCAAGUUUACAUGAUCAAUGUCACGAAGAAUGCCGAGGGAAAAGUGGUUGAAGGAGAUCCGGAUAACCCGAAACGUAUCAACCACAUCUGGGUUCUGUGCCGCGACGUCGAAGAAUACAAUCCAGCUAUCGCAUGGAAACUCCUCGAAGUGCACAUGCAGGAAACGCCACUUGCAGUUUAA